AUGACCCCGUUUCUCACUGCCUUGGCUAUUGGCACCCUAGUCAGUCUGGCUCAGGCCGUCCCAUCAACCUCUACAGCAAUACCGGCUGCUCCGGGUCCAGAGCCCAUUCAGGUUGUUGAGCUUCCUUUGCCACCCGUCGCCGACAAGACACCGGGCGCUUGCACUUCCGAGAUCAAUCCCAGUGGCACAGGAUGCAUCAACAGAGCUGUUGGAGAAUUCCAAGCUGGCGACUUCACCCCGGAUGGCAACCACGUCAUCGUCAAUGUCGAGUUCGUUGGUGCGCCAGCUGGUAUUGCAAGCAUCUACGACGGAGAGCACGCUAUUCUUGUCAAAGCAAACGGCAAAACGUUCCCAAACGGAGACCCUUGGAAGUGCCUAACCUGCGGUGUGCCAGCUCAGAAUGCGCAAGGCCUCUACCCCGAGUUCGACUAUCCCCACGUGUUUCGAAGCGGCACCAAGGCUUUAUGGGGCCACAACAUCAUCGAGUGUGACGCCAAACUGGAGAGCGAGCAGUGCACGUCUGAGAACACCCGCAUCUACCCCCUCUACUGGCCCAACAGAGCUGAUGGUUCGGGCAUCGGUGGAACGCCUCGUGAGCUGCGAAUUCACCCUGAUGAUGUCCAUAUCGGGUUCAGCUCGUUUACGGCCCAAGGCGGUCAGCUUUCUUUCAUCGGUCGUCUCAAAUUUAAUCCCAAGCCUACAACCGGAGACCCCCUUGUCCCUCGAUACGACAUCGUCAACGUUAACAUACUUGUUGACCCGAAAGGCACGGGUCGCUACUCAUCUUCCGGCUCAAAGCUACAAAUUCAUGCUGAUGCCAUUGCCGUGGCAGAGCUGCGAGGCUUCAGCGGAGCAGGCGAUGAGGUUUUAUACAUUGCACCGAGUGUUGAGGCCAAUAACAUGGAUGUAUUUGCAACACAUCUGCAGACCGGUAUCACCCGUCGACUGACGAAUCACCCCGAAUAUGUCGACCCUAUCGCCUUUUCUGCCGAUAACCAGUGGAUCAUCAUCAUGGAUACCCGGGGAUCGAACCGUUUGAUGUGGUCAGGCGGCAUGCGUGGGAUCCCCCCUCUCGCCGACCUGGUGACGGCUGGCGCGCUGGCUGCUGCGCGCAACAACCGCAAACGUCGCUUCUUUCAGCCGAUCCUUCUUGACCGCCAUGGUGACCGCGGCUCGUACUUCGGCCAGCGAGUCAAUCCCAACGAGUCUCAAGCGGGCAGCAUCGGCGACCCCAACUGGAACGGCCGAGCCGAUCCUGCAUUCAGUCCGGAUGGCACCAAGAUUGUGUACUGGCAGGACCUUGUUGUGAGCCCCGCGUGCGGUGGUUCUAACCCCCUUCCAUGCCCGGUCUCGACAGCUCAAGGCCGUCGCGAAUAUCGAUUGAUCCUCGCAAAACUCAAGAGCCGGAGCCCGAAGAAGCCAGCUCCGGUCUUCAAGGUCAGCGACCAAAUUCCCUGGGCUACACCAUACAAUCCCGGUGACGCUUAUCCCAAACCCCACGCCUUGAAAGCCGGCGACUACACGCUUGACGGCAAGGUCUCUGGAAGUGCAGAGGUUUCUCUCGCCGUAGAUGAUACCGGGCGCAUCAUCAACGUGGUCGCCAACUACACCAACUACUCAGACUACAAAGAGUACAUCGUCAACGGUUCUGAAAACAUCACCAACACAUUCCAUCCGGACAACUCUUGGAUCAAUGAUAUCCAUUGGUACUCUGACCUUGUUGGGACCGGCGCUGAAGAGGCCACCAAGAAGACAACCAAGAAUGGAUUCCAUCUUCAGAUCGAGAUCACGGUCAAUGACUUUCAGGCUGAUGGAAAGCUUAUCACGACUAUCGACGGGAUAUCAUAUGAACCACCGGCGAAUGGGACUUAG